UCUCGAGCCACCGUAGCCCUUUAUAUGACGGAAUCACGCGGAAGUCCCGCCCCUUUUCCCCUCUCGCUCGCAGGACGUGGUCAAGCCACACCUGAAACAAAAUGCCACGCAAAAUUGAAGAAAUCAAAGAUUUCCUGCUUACAGCAAGAAGGAAGGAUGCCAAGUCUGUCAAGAUCAAGAAGAACAAAGACAAUGUGAAGUUCAAGGUCCGCUGCAGCAGAUACCUGUACACAUUGGUCAUUACAGACAAAGAGAAGGCUGAGAAGCUCAAGCAGUCCCUGCCACCAGGUCUGGCUGUGAAGGAGCUGAAAUAGAUGUCUCUUGUACAAAAUGUUGUAAUAAAAUUGGGAAAGAAUUAA